AUGGAUACAGUCAAAUUGGCCGACUACAGCGAGGCCAAGACUCAUCUUGAGCAGCUACAGCAGACACUGACGCACUUGGAUCACCAUCACCCCCAUUCGCACUCGCAUCCACAUCACCACGGGCUGUAUCACCCGGCGCCAAACACAUCGACUAUAACCACAGAUUCGGUGGUUUCCUGUGUCACCUCAACACUGCCGGUUAUCGGCAAGGCCACAUCUUCUGCAUCUUCCUCUAGCUGCGCGAAUUUGGAAACGGAGCGCAAGAAAUGCCAAAAUCACAGUCACGGCGAAAUGGAAGUGAGCCACACGCUAAUGGAAGCCAUCUGUACUCUCCCCCUGCCCACGCAUGGCCAAAGGUCGCCACCCUGUUGUCUGUCCAUGUCCGGAAAUUCUACGCCACCUGCAGGAGCUCUUAUGAACGGCUUGGCCACCAACGUCAGCGGAGGAACUACUUCUCUAUGCAAUGAUCUUGUUCGAGAAACGUCCUGGUAUGCGCAUCAUCACCAUCACCAUCACCACCAUCAAUUGGCGGAUGAGCUAGUUAUGUACACGACGCCAGCGCCGACGGCGGCAGCAGCAGCCGCCAUUGGCAAAUUUGGGCUGGACACUUCCACGGAGGGUUACUUGAACGCAAGGUACAAUGUGAAUGUCAAAGGCGUGCGCCAUGAAAGAACAUCAACUUUCUUCGACAUACCCGCUGUGACACACCCCCACCCGCACCCGCAUACCCACCCACAUCCUUACUGCUACAGGUUUCCACCAUCGCCACCCGCGGGCAUUUUGAAGAAGAGCGACGAAGAAACGGCAGCUGCUGCCGCCGCCGCUGCCGCGGCUGCUGUGUAUUGCAAUGAUGUAUCAGUUGGUCAGCACUUUCAUCAGCACAACACCAAGAUUGAGCAUGCCGACUCCACCACAACAGCCGCCGCCGCACAGCAACAUCAACAGCAACAACAACAACAACAGCAGCAGCAGCAGCAGCAUCAUGAUUCACUGCAUUCUCAUACCCAACAUCAGCAGGCGCAGAAUACGCAUCAGCAGGCACAUACUCACCUGACUCCGGUGCACCCAGCCUCCGCCUUUAAAUUUAGUCAUACGGCCGUAAUAUCCAGCUCGGCUGUCUAUGCCGCGGGCCCACACUAUACCCACCAACAGCAGCCGAAUCCCCAGACACAUGGCGGGUCUAUUGCCACUGUCUAUCGUGAUAUUUCACCCAGCACAGCGACAGGCAGCGAAACAGAUCUUAAAUACGACAGUGGGCCUUACAAUGCCACUAUAUCUUCCACCUAUCCACCACCAUUGCGUCCUAGUGUGGUUGAUUCCACAACUUCCAGUGAUGCGGAGCUGCGCCUUGAUCAGUUUUACGCUAGCAAUGCAAUAUCCACCAGCAGCAACGUGCAGACCAUCAGCCAGCGUCGUGGUUCGCUCCAGUUAUGGCAGUUUUUGGUGGCCCUACUUGACGAACCGGCAACUAGUUCUAGCUGUAUCGCCUGGACAGGUCGUGGCAUGGAAUUCAAACUAAUCGAACCGGAGGAGGUGGCUCGCCGUUGGGGCAUACAGAAGAACAGACCAGCUAUGAACUAUGACAAGCUGUCGCGUAGCCUUCGCUACUACUAUGAGAAGGGAAUCAUGCAAAAAGUAAAUGGUGAACGCUAUGUCUAUCGCUUCGUGUGUGAUCCCGAUGCGCUCUUUAACAUGGCAUAUGGGCACCUCACAAGCAAGCAAGCAGACCAGCAGCAUCAGUUGACCUUGUCGUUGGCGAAGUCAUCGCCGGAGUCGCAGUCGCAACUUCGCGUGCAAAAAUCGACAACCGCAGAUUACUAUGACAGUGGCUUGCAUAAGUACCAGUAG